ACUCUGCAGAGACCCACAAUGUGUGUCAGAGGACCGUCUUAGCUCCGAAAGUAGAUGACUGCUUCAAUUCUGUUGUCUGUAUUAGCUACUGACUGCAAGAUACGAGAAAUAUUGAUUCGCGCGUUUUCAUCCCGAGUCAAAACGAGGUGAGCGUCUCCUCAUUUCAACGGAUUUUCGAUUGUUGGAUAGAAUGCCGGCGAUCAUAAGUAAAAACUCCGAUUUGGAGUUUGAUUCUUUACAACCAUGUUUCUAUCCGGACGAGGACGACUUCUACCUCUGUGGUCCCGACGCUGCGCCACCGGGGGAGGACAUCUGGAAGAAAUUCGAGCUAUUGCCCACUCCGCCCCUCUCUCCGAGCCGCGCUGCGCUACCGGGAGAGCCGGCGGCGGCUACCGCCUCCCCUGAGGCAGACCCCCUCGGCUUCGGCUUAGGGGACCCUCUGGACUGGGCUUCUGAGCUGCUACUCCUGCCCGAGGACGAUAUAUGGGGGGCAUCCGACGACGGGGACCUUUUCGGCUCCGCUUUGGAUACAAACCCCAACAGCAUCAUUAUCCAAGACUGUAUGUGGAGCGGCUUCUCCGCAAGGGAAAAGCUGGAACGGGUGGUAACGGAGAAACUGGGCAAGGCGAUUUCAACGGCAUCGGCCGGGGGAAGGAACGCGUACGUCAGGGUACCGGAGGUGGCGAGCCGUAGCUCGGUGUCGGAGUGUGUGGACCCCGCGAUUGUGUUCCCCUUCCCGGUGAACAAGAAGAGCAGCAGCCGGGACGCAACUGAGACUGUUGACGCUUCCACAAUGCAUGGGAGCGCAGCCAGUGACUCCGAAGAAGAAGACGACGAAGACGAGGAGGAAGACGACGAAGAAGAGGAUGAGGAGGAGGAGGAAGAAGAAGAAGAGGAGGAAGAGAUUGAUGUGGUUACAGUAGAGAAGAGGCGCUCCACAAUCAGCAAGACAACCCCCAUGGCCACGGGCGUAGGAACCAACUCUGUUCAUCCGAAGAGUCAAGAUGCUAGAGGGGUUGUCUCGGGGCCUGCGGCGGUGAACCGCUUCAUCAGCCGUGCUCCUCAGGAGCUCAUCCUGAAGAGGAGCUCGGUCCAUCAGCAGCAACACAACUACGCGGCCCCCUCGCCUUACGCCUCGGAUGACGACCUGACCCCACCUCCAAAGAAACAGAAGACGUCGGAGGCUCCACGCCCCGCCGUCCGAACCGGCUCGUCCUCCUCCGCCUCUUCCUCCUUGUCCUGCAGCUCCGCCGGCGGCGUCGCGGGGCCACGCAGCAAGCGCAGCGCCAGCGGCGACAGCAGUCCGCGCGGCAGCUCCGACUCCGAGGACAGCGAGCGCCGGCGGAACCACAACAUCCUGGAGCGCCAGCGCCGCAACGACCUGCGCUCCAGCUUCCUGACCUUGCGCGACCACGUCCCGGAGCUGGCGCACAACGAGAAGGCGGCGAAGGUGCUGAUCCUCAAGAAGGCGACCGAGUACGUGAGUUCGCUGGAGACGGAGGAGACGAGGCUCCAGCAGGAGAAGGACAGGCUCCAGGCUCGCAGGCAACAGCUCAUGCGGCGGCUGGAGCACGCUAGGACUCGUUGACAGAAAACUGCUACAACGUAAAAACCCUCACAAAUACCCUGGAGGAACCCCCCCCCCCCCCCCCCCUGACACACCAACCUCCAGACAUAGGCCUAAACACUUAAGCACAGAUACACUGGCCUUUAUAUCUGUUGGACUUUUGCACACAGAAACACUAAAAAUCUCAGAGGACAUUUAUCUUCAGAUGCCGAUACACAAUCUGGAAGAGUGGAGAGAAGCGGGUGCAGGGGGGGGGGGGGGGGGUUUGCUGGAGGAAUGCUCGGACUUCUACUGCCGCCACUUUUUUUGCACAUUUGUUGACGUUAAGAAUGUUUAGGUUUUACUUUUCAAUCCAGUCACAUCGAGGAAAGACAAAAAGAGAAAGAAUGAGGAGGGAGACAUGAGAGUUGUGUUUUUUUUUUUUUUAGUCUUCUCUCCCUCUGUUUUUUUUUUUUUUUUUUUGUUUAUAUCAUUUUUUUUACGUGUAUACUUGUUUGUUUGUUUUUGUACUCACUGUGACACCAGCCUGGAAUCACGUGAUUCCGCACGGGGACGGGUGUUGGAGGGCACUUUGCUUGGAGAGUUCAGCGGUGCACGCUUACUUUUGCCUUCAUCACUGCAAAACUGAAAAAAACAAAACGAAAAAAAAAAAAAAAAAACUGAUGACUGAGGUGUCAUAGCGGACACAAACAAUGCCACUACAGGUUCUCUUUCCCUCAUUCUUACCACACUGGUGCUCAAACCAAGUCAAUGGAUGUCUAACUGUGCACCUUGCUAGGCGACACUUUUGUAUAUAACAACAGUGUACAGACAAAAUACACUCAGAUCUGCCUUGUUUUAUAUUUACACUUUUGUUCUUGUUUUUUUUUUUUUUUUCUAUAUUCAAGUCAGGAAGCUGCCAAUAACUGGACUGGAAGUUUAUAUACGUACCUUUAAAUAUACUGUAAGGUCUCAGUUUAUGAGAGUCAGAAAAACUUUUGUACUAUAACUGCAUAUUUUUUCUUCUCUUUUUCUUUUUUUUUUUGUAUAUCACUACAUUUUACACAUUUAUUUGCUUUUAGUGUGAUACAUACUAAAUUUGAUACUUAUAUUUUCGUAAGAGAAUGCAUUCUUGGUAGAUAUCACUUUAUCUUGUCAUUUUUCUCUUCUAUCGGACUUUUUUUUGUACAGCAGAUGCGUUCUAUCCUCAUGUACUGGGACUUUUCCUCUUUUUUUAUUUUUAAAUUUUUUUUAAAAGCGUUCCUUUUUGUUUUGUUGAUAUUUGUAACUAUCGGGUGCAUAAAACUGGGUAAACUGAUAUAAGAUGUUUGUUUUUCACUACAUAUAAUGUACCUUUAGUGCUGCAACUGAUAGCACUUUUGAAAUACCUCAUUUUGAAAAAUAAAUAGACAAAAUUUCCUGACUUUUUA